AUGCUUGCCCUUUUCUUAAUUGCGGUUCCAAUUGGGGCUGCAAAAGGUAUUGGGUUCAACAGUGGACAUUACAUCUUUGGUGAACUUUUGAACACAAGAACUUGGUCCCCUGGAUGGUCAUUUAUGCUUUCUUGGAUGUCAGCAAUUUGGACAAUUGGUGGAUUUGACUCUUGUGUACAUAUGUCUGGAGAAGCGCGGAACGCAACAAGAGGGGUUCCAAUCGGAAAUUAUCACGUGCUGGGUCCUAGGUUGGGCUAUCUGUAUCGUUUCUUGUGCUGUUAUCAAGGAUGGGGAUGUAGAAGCCGUCAUAACUACAGGAUAAUGCAGGCCAUGACUCAGAUUAUUUACGAUGCAUUGGGAAAAAAGUGGGCUGUUGCAUUUAUGUCGUUUAUCGCUUUUGUUCAAUAUUUAAUGGGGGCCACAAUUAUGACGGCUUCAUCUAGACAAAUUUGGGCUUUUGCAAGAGAUGAUGGUUUGCCAUUCCACAAUUUCGUGAAAGUUGUUAAUCCUACUCUUAAAGUCCCCUUGAGGGCUAUUUUAUUUGGUGGUACAUUAGGUUUACUUUGUGGGUUAUUAAUUCUAAUCGGACCGUUGCUGCGAAUGCAUGAUUUUCAUUAUCUGUUGCGUCAAAUGGCUUGGCUCUGGGUAUGCCUGCCUUUUUGGUAUUGUUACCACACGGACUGA